UAACUGGCAUUACAAACCCGGAGAGAGAGAGUGAAUCAGGGAGGAUUUAUUUCUAAUAUUUGAUCCAAAUACCAUGCCCUAAUUACCCCCAUUAACGGUCACUUCCCAUUUAUAUACAAGUUAUUGUAAUUUGUGUAUAUAUCAAUAUAUAUAAAUAUGUUGCAUGUUCCCAUCUAGCCUGGGAUCUGGGUUUGAACCCGUUUCAUCUGAAAAUACACAGAGAGUAAUUCUCAUUAUCGCAGAACAAACCCAAGAACUCCAAAUUUCUGCUCCUAUACAUAAAAGCACUGUGCUGAACUCCGUAUAAUACACGCACACGAUGCAUACACAUCUAAAAUCGCCUAUAUGUAUAUAUAGCUUUCUCUUGAUUUUGACUGACUUGUCAGAGAGAAUCUGAGAUGUGUUUUUUCCCUCUUGUUGUUUAGUUUCUUUUUUUGUUCUUGUUCUAUCGCUCUUUUUUUGAGGAAGAGAGGAAGGUACGGUCGAUUUUGAAAGAGAGAGAAGCGAAGAAAUGUUGACGUGUAUAGCAUGUUCAAAGCAGCUAGACAACAAGAAUGGAUCUAAUCACCAGAUGGAGCCAGAAGACGAAGACGCCACAGUUGUUGGUACACCCAGAACCAAGCAGGCUAUCAAGGCCCUUACUGCUCAGAUCAAGGAUAUGGCCUUGAAGGCAUCAGGGGCAUAUAAGAACUGCAAGCCAUGCGCUGGCUCAUCAAACCGUAAUCAGAACAGACACUAUGCUGACUCUGAGGCUACCUCAGAGUCUGGAAGUUUCCAUCAUGCAUACCAUAGAACAGGGAGCUUCAACUCAACACCAAGGAUGUGGGGAAAGGAGAUGGAAGCACGACUGAAAGGGCUUUCAAGUGGUGAACGCAUGCCAUCAUCGGCCAGUGGGCGAACAGAAUCUGUGAUGUUUACGGAGGAAGAUGAACCUAAGGAGUGGGUGGCGCAAGUGGAGCCUGGUGUACUCAUCACUUUUGUUUCCUUGCCUGAGGGAGGAAAUGAUCUGAAACGCAUUCGAUUCAGGUAUUGCGAGAUGGCUGCAUUUGAUCUUAUCAUGUCUUCUACUAUAAGGAAUGGGCUAUCUGCAGAUCCCAUUUCUUUUCCUCUUGUUUUCUAGCCUAGAGGAGGAUGUAGCUCCAACUUAAGUGGGAUAGUCUCCACGAAUUGAUUCAAGGCUCUCCUUAGGAAAAAGCCGUCAUCAGAUCUACCUUUUACUUGGUAUAAUGGAAAGGCUGAAAAUAGAAACUUGGUCAGAGCUGUUAAAGGAUGGGACGUGGCCCUGUAUUCCCUCUCUCUUCCUGUUCUUUCUUUUUAUUGCAAGGAAGUCUUGAAUAUUUUCCAAUAUGUCCUUCCUCAGACCCCCCUUCUACUUGGUAUAAUGGAAAAGACUAAUAGUAGAAACUUGGUUAGAGCUGUUAAAGGAUGGAAACAUGACCAUAUAUUCCCUUUUUCUUUUUCUUUUUCUUUCUUGUUAUUGUAAGGAGGUCUUAAAUAUUUUCCCAUGUCCUCGUUCGUGAAACUGCCAACUGAAAAUAAUCCAGGAUUUUAUGGCAUUAAGGUUGUAUGUGUUUUAGAUGAUAAAUUACAACUGGUGGUAUGAUCAUUCAGACACAAAUUGGAAGCCACAUGUGUAGAACCAAGGUUGUCCCUCACU